AUGAAAUCUCAUCUUGCAAUGAAAUGUAAAGGAAGAGUACCUAGAGAAGUUCGAGUUAAAUUGUUUCUGAAUACUUAUUAUGACACAAAAAAAGCCAUUGAUAAGGCUAAAGAAACAAAAGCCAACCAAUCAUUAAUUAAAUGGAUUGUAUGUUCAGAUAUAUCAUUUUCAGCCUUUGAUAAUCCUUUCUUUGAAGAUUAUACCAAGAUAUUAAAUCCUGGUUAUGAUCCACCUAAGCACACCACAUUAGCAUCAUCAAUUUUGAAUUUAGAAGUAGCAAAUAUCAUAAUUAAAGUAGAAAAUGAGCUAUCUAAGGCCAAAAAUUUAACUUUAUGUGUAGAUACAAAUUUUAAUGCUAAAAAAAUCAUAGAGGUAUUAGAAAACAUUGGGUCUGAAAAAUUUAUAGCCAUAGUUUCUGAUGCUGAAAUGUUGAUAAUAGCAGCAAAAAAACAGCAAUUACAGAAUAUUCUCAGCCCAGCAAAACGAGCUGUAAAAAAUGUAGAAUUUCGAAUCACUGUAUUGGCAGAUAUAUUUGUUGAACUGGUAAAAAUGGCAAUCGCAAUCCAAGAGACAUCUUCUGGCGUAUACAAAAAUUAUGUUCUUAAAAAAGCACUAGAAAUAUGGAAACAAUUAGGUAGUGGUCGAAUAAGUGCUGAUCUCUUAAAAACUCAGAUGAGUUUGUACAAAAAUCAUGAGGCCCCUUUUGAUGAUGGAUUUAUUGCAUCUGCUGAUACAAUUACUAAUUGGUGGAUGUCUAUAGACCUUAAAAGAAAUGAAGAUUAUAUUAAAACCCUCGCUCUAAAAAUACAUUCUGUUUCCCCUCAUAAUGCUGCCUAUGAGCGUGUAUUUAGUAUAUUGAACUGGUAUUUUGGAAAAAGACAUACUAGAUUAAGCAUUGAAUGCCUGGAGGUUAUAGCCCAGAUGCAUUCAUUUCUAGUUGAAAACACUAAAUCAGAACUAAAUUAUGUGAAUCAAAAUAUUAGCCAAGAAGAUCUUUUGUCGAUUUUUAAUCAAAUAGCAAAUUCCAUAGAAGAUGGCACUGACUUGUUUAGUGAAGAGGAUUCGUUUUUUUUUCUGGAAGAAUUUAUGGAAGAAAACAUAGAAGAUGUUUUAGAGGAACUGAAAGAAUUAGUAAAUAAAAAUUCAACGAAUUUAGAAGUUGGAGACUUUAUAUCUUUAUCUUCUAGAUUGGAACCCAAUGAAUAUACAAGUUUAGAUGAAGAAGUAAUACAUGGAGAUAGGGAUUUUGAUGUAAAUGAUCUGAUUAAUGAUUAG